UCCUCCAGCAGCGACGACGCAGGCUGGGCCGGCUCUGCAGCACAGACUCAUCCUAUCGAUAAGGUCCACUUAGCCAAGGUGGAGGAUGGGAAAAGAAUGGAACUGUCCCAGCUCCUCAAUGAGAUCAGGGCAAACUAUGAAAAGCUCCUCACCAGAAAUCAGAUAGAGACCGUGCUGUCAACAAGGAUCCAGCUAGAGGAAGACAUAAGCAAAAAGAUGGACCAGGAUGGAGAGGCUUUGAAGGCGGCCCAGGCGGAGCUCAAGGAGGCCCGACGCCAGUGGCACCACCUGCAAGUGGAAAUUGAAUCGCUCCAUGCCGUGGAGAGGGGCCUGGAAAGCUCCCUGCAGGCCAGCGAGCAGCAUUACCAGAUGCAGCUGCAAGACCUGGAGGCCGUGAUUGACGGGCUGGAGAAGGAACUCCAGGAAGUCAGGCGCGGCAUCGAGAGGCAGCUUCAGGAGCACGAGAUGCUUCUCAACACGAAGAUGAGGCUCGAGCAGGAGAUAGCAACGUACCGCCGCCUGCUGGAGAAGGAAGAAAUCAGAUAUUAUGGAUGUAUCCAAGGAGAAAAAAAAGACCAAAAACCUACUACAAGUAAAGUUGCUUUUGUUCUACCUUCAGCCAUUAUCAAUGAAAUAUCUUUUACAACAAAAGCCCCACUAAAGCUUGAGAAUGAAAAAGUGGAAACAGUGACCAAACAGGCAAUACUGAACGGAAACGUUGUGAAGGAGAGCACGGAAGCGCGCGGCACCAUUCAGACAGAGAAAGUGGACGAAGUUAUUAAAGAGUGGGAAGGUUCAUUCUUUAAAGAUAACCCUCGGUUAAGGAAAAAGUCCGUUUCUCUCCGAUUCGACCUUCAUUUAGCAGCCACUGACGAAGGCUGCUCACAGACUAAGCAAGAUAAUCUGCCCGACAUCGAAGUCAGGCUUAUCAUGCGAAGGUCCUGCAGCAUUCCCUCCAUCAAACCCCCAUCGACCACCAAUUAAUCCAAAGAUCGGAUGUGACCUAUUUGUAAAUGGCAUGGGGGUGGACCUGGGCAGACCAUGCGACCCCUUCUGUCCCCAGUGUAAGUUACUCAGUAUGUGUAGAAAAUGUCACUACAGUGUGUGGCUGCGAUUCUCUUCGGAAAACGCACACAGUAAGAGGUAAAGUUUCUAUGAAUCCAAUUAUGGGAAUGGUUUUUUGGAGUGGGGGAGUUUAAAAAUAAAAUCAGAAAUUCAGUAUGAUUUCUGUUUGAUUUAUCCCCCAAAUCAUCUUCUUUUUGCCCAGUGAAAUUCCUCAGAGACUUGCAGUAUUAAGCUGUCUUGGUUAAGUUUGUAAUUUCCUUCAGCAGCUGAACACUCUUUGGGAAAUAGAAUGGCUUAUUGGAAGAUGAUUGUAUUAUGUAAGACGCACACUUACUCGUUCACCAUUAUUCCUUAACGGGCUAAACCUAAAAUGCUUGUUCUACUUACAAAAGACAACAGCUAUAAGCAACUUUUUAAAGGGAAGACUCACUAUUCACUUCGUUUUUCCUUGAGACAAUUAUCUGGAAAAGGAAAUAGGAGAGUUCUAUCUAGAAGCAGUUCUGAGUAAACUACAUAGAGCACACCUCAAAGCUGUUUCGAUGACUAAAGAAAAUUAAGUUAAUCUACAUUGGAGGGGUUUUGUCAUCGGUGUCAGAUUGCUAGAAGAGUCGCUUUACUAAAAAGGACUGUAGAAAACUGCAUCCUUCCCCCUCAAAAAUCAGAAAGCCAGCUGUACAAAUAAGACAUGAAAAUCAAAUUGGAAAGGUGGUGACUAUAGUUAUUAUAAUAUUCAACCUCUCAUCAUGCUAAUUUUUACACCUGUAAAAUGAGACUGAAGUGUUUGCUCUGAACCUUAGAUAAGAGACCAUAUAGACUGUAUAGUUCAGUUAGGUGAUCUAAGAUAACAGAAUUGUUAUCUAAGCUGAAAGUGGGUUCAGGACUUGUUAGUACACUCUCUGAACAGUAAUAAAUAUGAAUUGACAAUAUAAUUGUGAAUAAGUAUUAUUGCAAAGUUUUUAAAACAACCUAACGGAUUUAAUACAAAUAUAUUUACUUCAAGAUCUUAAAUAAUAACUUUCUGUUUUAAAACAUUAGGGAUUUAUAGGCUAUGAAUUUUUUUCUAAGCAGAGAAAAAAAGGUUGAGUACAACUCACAAUACUUUGUUUUUCAGCUAAAGUAUCAUCAAAGGGCUACAGCUAUGUUAGCACUCUAGUAAGCCUUCAAAAUAAAUCUCUCAUAUAUAUGUGUGUGUAUAUAUCAAUAUAUAUGCCAACCGCCAAAAUGUUUGUCUUAACCACAAGAAAAUUAUGUUAAAUAAACUUUAACAUACUACAGGGAUAUAACAUUGAAUUUAUUUUUCUUUCAAUUGCUUCAGAUUCUUUUUAGCCUGACAUUGUAUUUAGUGGGGGGAAAAAGAAUUAUUUUGUUUUGUGAAGGAUAUAACAGCAUGAUAAGCAUCUAAUCUAAAAUACAUCCUGUACAUAGAGACGUGUCCUCUGGGCUAGGGGCACGUUCCGUGGGAAAGCCUCGCCAGCACACAUGAGGCACUGAGUUUGGUGCCUAGCACCAAAAACAGACAAAAAAAAGUCUCAUUUGAUAUUAAAUGCUACAAACUUCAUUAAAGCUUUAGAAAUGCAUUCAUACAAGCUAUCGUGCUGAAGUGACUGUACUGAGUAACAGUUAUGAUAAAGCAAUAUGUCUCCUGUAAUCUUUGCAUUGUUUGUUCUGGGCAUUAUGAAUGUAACUGCUUGUUAGAGUAAUUCCACCAUGUAGCUGUUGUGUGCGUAUACCACGUACAUUUUUAAAGUGCAAGUACUUGAAUUUAUAACAAAGGUUUAUUUGCUUUGACGCAUUUUAAAAUCAGGAUAUUACCAAAGUAAAUGAUACCACUACAAUAAAAAAAAAAAAAACCUGAAACUUGAA